UGAAAAGAGAAGUGAUGAGUGAGAGAGACUGACAAAUAAAAAAUAGAACAACAUGGUACUAAAGGGAGGGGUACUAGUGAUCCAUGAAUGCCAAAGUCCAUUGGUGGUUUGGCUUCUUGUUUCAUUGCACUUGAAUUAGUUCAGUUUAUCAAAUUAGGAAUAAAUUAUCGUUUGGAUCACAUUGGAGGCUAGAUAUGGCGAUGCAAACUGUUUAUCUAAAAGAACAUGAAGGAAUUGUCCACAAUUCUGUUGGACAGUUGUCAUCUGCAACUUCAGCACCAUGGUGGAGUGCUUUUGGGUCUCAAUCAGUUUAUGGAGAAUCUUGUGGCCAAAUGAAACCCUUUUCAUUGGAGCUUUCCAAUUUUGUAGACCAAUUUGCUACAAGUAAGCAAUCAGUACGAGGAGUUGAACAAUUGUUGGAUAAAGGACAUACAACCCAAUUUACCAUCUUUCCAGAUGAUUGUAAAAUGUCAGGUGAUGCACAGAAAACUCAGGCCUUAUCACUGCAGUCAUCUCUUGCUGAGCCCCACAAUCGUUUUGAGCUAGGGUUUAAUCAGCCUAUGAUCUAUGCAAAAUAUCCUUACAUGGAUCAAUUUUAUGGGCUCUUCUCAACUUAUGGACCUCAAAUUUCGGGACGUAUAAUGCUUCCACUUAACUUGACAUCCGAUGAUGGACCAACUUAUGUAAAUGCUAAGCAGUACCAUGGAAUCAUCAGACGCCGGCAAUCCCGAGCAAAAGCUGUACUUGAGAAAAAAUUGACAAGACGUCGCAAGCCAUAUAUGCAUGAAUCACGCCAUCUACAUGCAAUGAGGAGACCAAGAGGAAACGGUGGCCGAUUCUUGAACACAAAAACUUCUACUAAUGGAAAUGGUAAAAGUGGAAUUGGAAGUGAAGUGAACAAAACUGGUGGCCAAAAAUUGCAGUCUAGUGGCUCUCAGAGUUCUGAAGUCCUGCAAUCUGAGGUUGGAACUUUAAACACAUCAAAGGAUACAAAUGGAAGCAGUUCAAAUAUCUCAGGGUCAGAGGUGACAAGCAUGUAUUCAAGGGAAACUCUUGAUAGCUUUGCUAUCAAUCAUCUUGGAUCUUCUGUGCACACUCUGGCAGAUAUGAUAGGUACCAUGCCUACAAAUUGGGUUGCAGCAGCAGGAAACUGCUGUAACCUUAAGAUUUGAUUGGCAAGGAGAUUAGUGGGCUUGGUGCAAUGUUGCACCAAACCCCAUCCUUGCUGCAACCAGAUGAAGAAGUUUUGUUGCAGUUUCAAGUGUUUACUGUGACAAAUUUCAUUCUGGAGGCUUGCCCCAACAUCUGGUUUUAAGGCAAAUCAUUCUUGGCUGGUGCUCAGGCAACUCAUCCUUGGCUCAUUAUAACUAUAUAGUACUUUUUUUUUCUGUCUUUGUGAUACAUUAGACUAUGAUGUGUCUUUCUGUUCAAAUAAAAGCAUGAAUUCUAGCUAUAUGUGUGCUUCUUUAAUCAUGUUUAGGCUUGGUGUUUUAUUCUGGAUUUCUGACUUUUGUGGAGCAAUGUAUUCUUGAAC